CUAAUAGCGCCGAUUCAUAUCGAAACCGAAACGACAAGAACGCCAUCGUAGUACGAAUCGUCGAGAAAUAAUGGCCACUGUCACGGUUUUGGCGGAUAUUCAUCCGGCUCUGAGAGAUGAAUCAUCCGUAAUCCAGAUGACUUCCCAGGUGAUCGUAGAGGAGCAUCUGACGCCCCAGGUCAUCGCCUAUGCUUGGUCGAAGCAUAGAUAUGUCUUGACUCCAAUCGACGUCGAGGACAUCCUGUUCGAGGGGUGCUGGGGUAGCGUAGAUGACUACAUCACAUAUAUGCAAGACGUUAACAGCAUAGGAGAACUCAUUCCGGGCACCACAAACCGGCAACUGAGUGGGUCUAUGCGUGUCUAUUCACAUGCCGAGAUCGAGCACAUGGAUGGCCGUAACGGCUACGCUCCACCCAAGACAGUUGCAGACCCUUGGGUUGAGCCACUGCCUCUUUACGGGGCAACGUGCCGACGAAACGAGGUAAUCCUUGAGAAUGAUCGUCCUCCAUCUUUCGCCACAGGUGUAGUGCCGCCAGAGUACGUUUCUUCCGCAUAUGUUGAUGAUGCCGACGCAGCCUCGACCUCUUCCGAAGUCUUGGAGGAAGCGGCCGGUUCUUUCAAAGCCGAAGUAGGUUCGGACGUCAUGGGGACUGGUUCUGGAGAUGGAACGAGUCCUGACCAAAUCGAGACACAUCUCAAGCCCAUCCAUGAGGCUAAGCCGUUCUUACACGGGCGCCGUGUCCAUUUUGAGGCAAAGCUUUCAAAGGCUCGGAGGAGAGUGGCUUCAGGCUGGCAGACCAUUACUAGAGAAACGCGAGCCAUUCGCACUCGUUUUGGUCUCCGCCGCAGGUAG